AUGUUUUUGUCGGCUUUUACGAAGAUCUUUCCCCGCGCGGAUGUUAAGGCUCAGUUUCCUCGCGGUGUUUGAAGACCAUCGGUGACAUUUUAGAGAUUAUUUUGUCUUCAAUGUCAGUUGUUGCGUGACAGCUUGAGGCUUGAUAUUCAUCCUGUUUAUUUCACGAAUGCGAAAGGCUUUACCUGUUGUGUGGCUUACUCAUGAAGAUUUGUCAGUGCCUCGUAGGAUAGGAUCUAAAACAGCUAGCUUUGCCUGCAAAGAGACAUUCCAGAAAGUUUGGUUGAUCACCAUGCCUUUCCUGUGGUCUGUUGCCCUCUCGUUACCCCAAUGACUUCAACGGCAGUUUUGACCAUAGAGUCAGCUUUAUCCCCAAACCCUUUUUACGACCCCUAAGAAAAGACUGACCACGUGCAUAAGCUGCAUUGGGGUGGUCUUCCAAAUGCCUACCUCACGCCUAAAGAGCAAAUCACUGCAGCCACAGCCCUGAUCAGCAGCCACCAUGACAUCAAGCGUAGGGGAUGAUUGUAGCAUCUUUGAUGGGUUGAUGGAAGAAGAUGAAAAGGACAAAGCAAAACGUGUGUCCCGUAACAAGUCUGAGAAGAAACGGAGAGACCAGUUCAAUGUCCUCAUCAAGGAACUCGGCACAAUGUUGCCGGGCAACACCAGGAAGAUGGACAAGUCCACCAUCCUGCAGAAAAGCAUUGACUACCUGUGUAAACACAAAGAAAUCGCAGCCCAGUCGGAGUCGAGUGAGAUCAGGCAGGACUGGAAGCCUCCAUUUCUUAGCAAUGAGGAGUUCACCCAGCUCAUGCUGGAGGCUCUGGAUGGGUUCUUUAUAGCAAUAAUGACUGAUGGGAACAUCCUCUACGUCUCUGAGAAUGUCACCUCACUACUAGAACAUCUACCGACGGACUUGGUGGACCAGAACAUGUUAAACUUCCUGCCAAUCGGGGAACACUCUGAUGUGUACAAGGCUCUGUCCACUCACCCCACCGACCACGAGAACAUAAGCACUGAUUACCUGAAGACUAAGAACCACCUGGAGUUCUGCUGCCAUUUGCUGCGAGGCGCCAUUGACCCCAAUGAACCACCCGUCUACGAAUAUGUGAAGUUCAUUGGCAACUUCAAGUCACUCAACAAUGUUCCCAACGUGACGAGGAAUGGUCUAGCAGGGGUGUUACAGCGGUCACUACAACCUGCGUUCGAUGACCAGGUGUGCUUUGUAGCCACUGUUCGGCUGGCCAAACCUCAGUUUAUCAAGGAAAUGUGUACAGUGGAGGAGCCCAAUGAAGAAUUCACCUCGAGGCACAGUCUAGAAUGGAAGUUCCUCUUCUUAGACCAUAGAGCUCCACCAAUCAUAGGUUACCUGCCUUUCGAGGUUCUGGGAACAUCUGGGUACGACUAUUACCAUGUGGACGACCUGGAGACACUAGCCAAGUGUCACGAACACUUAAUGCAGUACGGUAAAGGAAAGUCUUGCUACUAUCGUUUCCUGACUAAAGGUCAGCAGUGGAUCUGGCUUCAGACGCACUACUACAUCACCUAUCAUCAGUGGAACUCUCGACCUGAGUUUAUUGUCUGUACCCACACAGUAGUCAGCUAUGCAGAGGUGAGAGCAGAACACCGUAGAGAGCUUGGCAUUGAUGAGUCUAACCCAGAAGUUACUGCGAAUAAGAGUCAGGACUCUGGCUCAGAGUCGCAGCUGAAUACGUCCAGCCUCAAGGAGGCUCUGGAGAGAUUUGACCGCAGCCGAACGCCCUCGACCUCCUCACGGAGUUCUCGCAAGUCCUCAUCACAUGUCUCUGACAACACCUGUACUUCAACAGCCUCCAAGCUACACAUGGACAUGGCCACACCUCCUCGGCAGUCACUGGGCUCCACGAUGGAGAUGACCUCACAGCGUCGCUCAUCCAUCAGCAGUCAGUCUAUGAGCUCUCAGACCACAGGCCAGAGUGUAACUCCAGGUAUGAUCACUCAGCAACAACAACAACAACAACAACAACAACAACAACAACAACAACAACAACAACAGCAGCAACAACAACAGCAACAACAGCAACAACAGCAGCAACAACAACAGCAACAACAACAACAACAACAACAACAGCAACAACAACAGCAGCAGCAACAACAACAACAACAACAACAACAACAGCUACAGACAAACGUACAGCCGGUGAUGGAAUUCUCAGCGCAGGUGAAUGCCAUGCAGCAUCUAAAGGAGCAGCUAGAACAGAGGACAAGACUGAUCCAAGCCAACAUCCAGCGGCAGCAGGACGAGCUGAGACACAUCCAAGACCAGCUGCAGAAAGUCCAGGGACAGGGCAUACAGAUGUUGCUGCAGCAGGCGGGUGGAGCGAUGAGCGUGCAGCUCCCCCAGGUGGGGUCGGUCCCACAAGCAACUACUUUGAACAGUCAGGUCCAGCAAACAACAAUUAACCCCGUCCAUUCAGGAACUCAGCAGCUCACCAUCCAGCAGCAUGCACCACCCCCCCAGCAGAACCUACAGCAGCAGCAGACCAACGCCCUCACACAGGAGUUCAUAUCAUGUCCCUCCCUCCUUCCCCACAUUACCACUCUCCAGCCCCAGCGUCAACCCCAGCAACCUCCCCAGGCUCAGACCCAGGGCUCUGUAUCUGCUCCACUAUACAACACCAUGAUGAUUUCCCAGCCAGGGCAGCCCAACGUGCUGCAGAUUAGCACCAGCCUGCCGCAGACCAACACACAUCAAGGCACCGCAGUGGCCACCUUCACACAGGACCGACAGAUCCGGUUCCCAGCAGGGCAGCAGCUGGUGACUAAGCUUGUGACAGCUCCAAUGGCAUGUGGAGCAGUCAUGGUGCCUACCUCCAUGUUCAUGGGACAGGUGGUCACUGCGUACAACCCCUUUGGUGGGCAACAGCAGGGAGGGCAAACCCAGACCCUGACAUUGCAACCAGCCCAACCACCCCAAGGUCAGCCCGACCAAAACCAGACCGCCGUAGUGUCUCAGGGUGGCCAGCAGGGGCAGCAGCAACAACAGCCAUUCAUACAGGGCACUCGUCUUCUCCAUAGUAACCAGUCCACCCAGCUGAUUCUACAGGCUGCUUUCCCACUCCAACAGCAGGGCACCUUCACGCAGGCAACACACCAACAGCAACCGCAGCAACACUCUCACCACCAGAGGCACCAGCAGCAGCUAAAACCACAGCCCCAGAAACAGCCGAAAGCGCCGUCAUCGCACAGGACUGACAGUGUCAGCAGCCAACCACAGUAAAGUCUGGAGGAAAACGUGUUAAGCUAGAUAACCUGGGGAAUUGAAGCUCUAAGGGAUGCUGCAUACAUUUGUUUUGGGCUUGUGGCUGUCACAAACUUCCUUUCCCCCAAAAUCGUUGCCCUCCCUUCUUCCAUCUGAAAUAAAUGAAUCAUAGGAAAGAGGAAAGCCUGUGAGUCCUCAAGGAACUCACAAAGGGUUGUCACCAUGGCAACAGGAUGGAUUAAAAUCCCCCUUCUCUCACCAGAGGCGGAAUUGUGAGGGAGCUGACCUUGUACAGAUUUACUGUAUGAUAAAAAAAAAAACAUGUAAAUAUCCAAUAUAGUCUAACAGGAAACAGAAAUGUUGUAUUUUAUAUGAUUGCAUGGAAAGAAUAACUGUGUAAGCUUUUAUUAGUCGCUUUUGAAAAAUGAAUUUUUACUUUGUUCAAAGUGUUUUCUGGUCAAAGAUGGACUAAUGGCGUGCUAUCUCAGUCUUCUCUCCCCCUUCUUUAAGAAAAAAAAACCAGUCCAUAAUAAGGCUUUACAGUUCUGUCAGUUUUGUUUGGGGCUUGGGUUUUCUUGUGGAAUUUGUGUUUUAAACACUGAAAAUAGCUCUUUUUAACUUUGUAAGUACAAAUUAUAUUUGGCAAGAAACUAGAUCACAGUUUAACUGAAAUCUUUGCGGAAUGAUCACUGUACGUAUAACGGGUUUAGUGAUUCCAAGUGCCAAUAACAUAGUCAAUUAUGUUUGUUUUAUUUUGAGCAGACUAUUC